CCAACCCUAUACCCACACAUACUCGCACUCUCUCUCGGCCUUAUAUCACUCUUUCUCUGUUUCUCCUACUUUUGUCACUCCUCUUUGUUCGAUCUCUGCUAUAUUAUUCAUCGCUGCCCAUAUGGACCAGUAUGAAAAAGUUGAGAAGAUUGGCGAAGGGACAUAUGGUGUAGUAUACAAGGCUCGUGACCGAGUAACAAAUGAAACUAUUGCACUUAAGAAGAUUCGACUGGAGCAGGAAGAUGAAGGAGUCCCUAGCACUGCUAUCAGAGAAAUAUCCCUCUUAAAAGAGAUGCAACAUGGAAACAUUGUCAGGUUGCAGGACGUGGUCCACAGUGAGAGACGAUUAUAUCUGGUAUUUGAAUACCUUGAUUUGGAUUUGAAGAAGCAUAUGGAUUCUUGCCCAGACUUCUCCAAGAAUCCACGUAUGAUAAAAAUGUUUUUGUAUCAAAUACUCCGUGGAAUUGCUUAUUGUCAUUCUCAUAGAGUCCUUCAUCGAGAUCUCAAGCCUCAAAAUUUAUUGAUAGAUCAGCGUACGAAUGCAUUAAAGCUUGCAGACUUUGGUUUGGCUAGAGCAUUCGGCAUUCCUGUCAGGACGUUUACUCAUGAGGUGGUAACACUAUGGUACAGGGCACCAGAAAUACUGCUUGGAUCACGACAUUAUUCUACUCCAGUUGAUGUGUGGUCAGUUGGUUGCAUAUUUGCUGAGAUGGUGAACCAGCGGGCACUUUUCCCCGGGGACUCAGAAAUUGAUGAGCUCUUCAAGAUUUUCAGAGUGAUGGGUACUCCUAAUGAGGAAAUAUGGCCUGGCGUGACAUCUCUGCCUGACUACAAAAGUUCCUUUCCUAAAUGGCCCGCUAAGGAUCUAGCAACUGUGGUACCAAAUCUUGAUGCACCCGGCCUUGAUCUCCUCAGUAAAAUGCUCUGCUUGGACCCCAGCAAAAGAAUCACUGCUAGGAGUGCCCUUGAACACGGGUACUUCAAGGAUAUUGGGUUUGUCCCUUGAAAUUUAGUUCUAUCCUGAAUACAUGUGUAAAGCGGAAUGCAGUCUACCUUUUUUUUGUUUUGUGGGCCAAUAUAUAUUAGUGGUUUAUCGAGUUGUCAACUUGUCAUCAUGCCCUCUCUUGGUUAAGGAUUGUUCUGGUACAAUUAUUUUUUUUCCUGUAAUUUUCAGUUCAAUAUUCUUGUAAGAAUAUGCUUGUUCAAAGACACUGAAUUGUUUUAUCCUCUUGAAUAGAUUGAUUUUGUGUGCCACC